CUCAAGAUCUGCCAGAAAAGGUAAUAGCUACUCCAUUCCAUCAUUUAAAGAAUUUUGAUCCUGGAAGUAGUGAUAGUUAUAGAGGCAUUACCUGACGUUUUUGUUGGUUAAAACUGUUAUUUGUUCUUGAUUGCAGCAGUUUUGAACUGAAUGAAACGGAUCUUCAAAGAGAAUUCACGAAGAUAUGGAGCAGAUAUUUUCCAUGACUACAUUGCUCCAAACAGCUUCAUCUCUAUUCAUGGUAGCUUCAAACAUAAUAAUAGUGUCCACGUUGUCUACCGCUCAACCAGAAUUUUGGUGUAUAGUGCAUUUCGUUACAGCUUGCAUCAUCCAACUUCACAUGGUUUGCCAUUUCGGAAGUGGAGUUACUGAAAUGUGCUUCUAUUUCAGGCGUAUCACCUACGAAUGUGAGUGGUACAGUUGCAGCAAGAGAUUCAAGACGUGCAUGUUAAUGAUGAUGGUCCGUAUGGAUAAGCCAAUGUAUUUGACUGCUGGAAAGUUUUUCCCUUUGACUUAUGGUACUAUUAUUACCGUAGUCAGAGCAGCAUAUUCCUAUGCAGCAAUGUUUAGAAAUGUGGGAUGAAGGCUGGUACCAACUGAAGUUAUACAACAUAUAUAUUUGACUUUGAAUAAGAGCUAAUUCUUACCUAUACUAUAUUCAGAG